AUGAAUAUCUUCAGGCUUUUAGCCGAUUUUUCCCACCUGGCGUCCAUCUUCGUUCUUCUGCAGAAGAUGAAGUCGACAAGUAGUUGCUCUGGUUUAUCUUUCAAAUCACAAGUACUCUACCUUCUUGUUUUUGUCACUCGUUAUCUUGAUCUGUUCUGGACAUUCUUCGAUUCGCUAUACCUCACGACCUUCAAGCUACUCUUUAUCGGCUCAUCGGCCUAUAUCAUCUACCUCAUGCUGAACGACUACAAGCCGACCCACGACCCCAACAUUGACACUUUUAAGGUUCAAUACCUGCUGGGAAUCAGUGCGAUCCUAGCAGUGCUUUUCCCACAUGAUUACCGUUUCUCCGAGAUCCUCUGGACUUUCUCCAUUUGGUUAGAGUCCGUCGCCAUCUUGCCGCAGCUGUUCAUGUUGCAAAGGACAGGAGAAGCCGAUACAAUUACCACUCACUACCUAUUUGCCCUGGGCCUGUACCGGGCCCUCUAUAUCCCGAACUGGAUGUACCGGUAUUUCACUGAGUCCCACUUCCAACGAUCUUUCCAACCCGUCCCCAUCAUCGCCGGCAUCAUCCAGACCUUGCUUUACUCUGAUUUCUUCUACAUCUACUACAACAAGGUGUUGAAAGGAAAGAGGUUCUCCCUUCCCGUCUAG